GAGCGUCCUACACGGAUUCACUCCCAUUUACUCAUAUAAAAAUCCGAAACAUACGUUUUUAAUUUAUUCGCAGAACAGUUAAAAGGUUUAAAUGUAGUUGUUUUAAGAUUUUCUUGAAGCAGGCUAACCAGCAGUGUUGGUGAAAUGGUCCAGAACGUGUUCCGGACGGGUUUUGUGGUGCGAGCCUCGCACACGCUGCUCACCUGGCUGGUGACGCUGGUGCUGUUCCUGCACGACACUGAUCUGCGGAGGUGCGAGGAGCGAGGAGAGCUGCUGCUGCCGGCUCUCUUCUUCCUGAUUGUCGUGCUGUCUGUGCUUUUGUACUUUGCAGUCUCGUUAAUGGAUCCUGGCUUCGUUCUCACAGACGCAGUGACGGAUGGUCAGGGUUCAAGUGAGGAAAUGGAAUCGAUGAUUCCUCAGUCGUCGACCCCUCGGAUGCGGCGCUGUGGGUACUGUCUGCUGCAGCAGCCAAUGAGAGCGAAGCACUGUCAGACGUGCAAGCGCUGCGUGCGCCGCUUCGACCACCACUGCCCCUGGAUCGAGAACUGUGUCGGAGAGAGGAACCACCGCUGGUUCGUCGUCUACCUGGCGGUGCAGCUGCUGGCUCUGCUGUGGGCCGUUCACAUCGCUCUGUCUGGCGUGUCUCCCAGGGAAUCGUGGUCGCUGUGGUUCAGAGCGAACGGGUUUCUGCUGGCGGCGCUCGGGGUCGUGGGGGUUUUCUCCGUCGUGGUGGUGCUGCUGCUGUGCUGCCAUCUCUACCUGGUCUCCAUCAACUGCACCACCUGGGAGUUCAUGUCCCGGCACAGGAUCUCCUACCUGAAAAACUGUGGGAACGAGGAGAAUCCGUUCGACCGUGGCGUUUUGUGCAACCUGUGGGACUUCUUCUGCAUCUGCAGGGCGGUGAUGUGGGACCAGGUCUAUCAGAGAAACUCGGCGAGUCCUGUCUGACCUCAGACCAGCGCCACAUGAACCCCAGCCUAUUCAUAGUUUACAGCGGCAGAUACUGAUUGUAUUUCAGUGGAUUUGACCUUUUUACCCUCCUUUUUUAAAAUGACAACAAAGAUGGAAGAGGAAAGCCACUGUAAAUGGAGGAGUGAUGUUUAACUUUAGAAUUCAAACAACAAAAUUAGAAGUUUUAGGUUGUUUUUAAAGCACAGAAGGAAACCACUCCAUGUGGUUGAAGCACCGCCUCUCUCUUUUUUUAACUCAGGUCUUGUCACCAUCUUGUAGUUGUGACUGUACGUCCUAACACGUAACUGCCUUCAACCUCUACCUGCUUGUGUACUGAUGUAAUUUAUUGUAACAGUUAGAUGGAGCCAUGAACUCAAUCACAGAGAUUUUUUUCUACUGCAUUAUUCUCUUUGUAUUUAUUGACAACAAUGGUACAUUAAAACAUGU